AGUGUUAUAACAUCUAAACUCAUUUUCUACUGCAGUCUUUUGGCCGCUCUCUUCUCCGUCCAAAGAGGUCAAAAAAUUUAAAAAAAAAAAAAAAACAAUAGGAGGCGGAGGCACACUGUCUUCAACUCUCACGGUUCAAAAACUUUUGCAAAAUAAAUAAAUAAAUAACUAUGGGAAAGACAGAAGUGAAAGGCACGGUGACGGCGCUGUCAUCGAUGUUCCCGGCGGAGGAAGCGCAGAAGGCGGCAAAGCGAGUAGUGGAGACGAUUUCAGAGAAGCAGAAUGAAAUGAAUCAAUUGAGUGAAUUCAUCGCCGAUAACACCUCCCUCAUCAACCUUGUCCAAAAGCUCCCCGACGAACUCCACCACGAUAUUAUGGUUCCGUUUGGGAAAGCGGCGUUCUUUCCUGGUCGUUUGAUUCACACGAACGAGUUUCUGAACUCAUUGCAGGUCCUACUGGGAGAGAGUUACUAUGCGGAAAGAACAGCUAAACAAACUGUUGAAAUUCUAAAGAGAAGAGGGAAGUCAUUGGAGUCUAAAGUGGAUGUGUUGAAGGCCGUGAUGCAGGAUCUUAAAGCUGAGGCUUCCUUUUUUGACUCCACCGCUUAUGAAGCAGCAGAGGGUAUUGUGGAGAUUAGAGAAGAGUACGAGGGGGAGAAUUCUACUGAAAGGGUAUCUCAAUCAGGUCAGCUGCAGCAAGAAUCUCCUAGUUUUGCAGAAGCAGACAAUACAAUGGGUGCAUCUGAGGAUGAUGAUUAUGCUCGUAUAAUGUCAAGGUUGGAAGAACUUGAGAAAGAAGAACUUGCAGCCGAAAAUUAUGGAGAGAAUGAUGAAUAUCAGGAUGCUAAUGCUGCUGAAAGUGAUGGUGAUGAAGAUGAGCAAACUAAAGCUGUUUUUCAUGGAAAAAAGGAUGAAGGUUAUAGUUCUCUUGAUCAUUAUCAAAGAUAUUCAGAGGUAUAUCAGUCUCAGUCAAGGAAACCACUACAGCACUCAAAAGGCAAAGAUCCAAUGGAUGAAGAGAUGUCUAAUAAAUAUCAUCAUCAAGAUUUAACUAAUCAGUUAGCUGUAAUUGAUUAUAUCUUUCGUACGGGAUUGACAGUAGAACCUGUUACCAAAGGUGACAUGUCACACAGUCAAAUUAUACCUCAAGAGACAAAGAUUUUAAAUCCUUCCAUAAAUGCAUCUGUGCCUUUUGAAAAGAAGAAAUCUGUCCAGACCUCAAAAUCAGAAUUUAAUAGUUCCAAGGCUUUCACCGGCUCAAUAGUAGAGCAUACUCAGAAUUUGGAGAAAAAUUUACCAGGACAAAAUACCACUUCAUCACAGCUUUCUGGUUCCCAAGCUUCAAAGCCGGUGUCUAGAUUUAAAAUGCAAAGGAAGUAGUUUCACGUGGUUAGGAAACAUGGAAAUGCAGGAAAUGUAAUCUCUCUCCUACUUUGACCAGCUACACAGACACUUGUACGCAAAUAGAAUAUCAAAAUGAAAACUUUUCACUUAUGCAUAUGACUUGGCUUUAUGUCAUGGUAUGAUAUGAUCAUACCAUAACUAAUUCCAGAUCCCAAUUGUAGGAUGAAAGUUUUAUUUAGAGUGCUUAAAUUUCUAGGAAAUGCAAGGAAUUUAGGUUUUUUUUUCCUCCUUUUCCAAAUUUUCAUGCUUUAUGCAAUAGCUAAGGUUGUAUUAAGCAUCUGUAAAUAGCAACUAUUGAAAUGAUUAACCAUGAACAUUGUAAGUU